CGUGGAUGCUGCGGCGGGAGAGGCCGGGCGGGGCCGCGCUGCCGGCUCCCUUCCCAGGUAACGGAGCCCAGCGCAGCAAGCCGGGCCGGCAUGCCGAGGCAAGCCGUGUGCCAGAAUGAGUUUAAAAGAUGCCGGCGGUGCCGUGUGCCAAGAUGGGGUGGCCUACAAUCUCCACAUUUACCCGCAGCUCUCGACAGAAAGUGCCUCCUGCUGCCGGGUGACGGCCACGAAGGAUGCCACCACCACUGAAGUCAUCCAGGACGCCAUCAGUGCCUUGAACCUGGACGUGUCGAAGCACUACGUGCUGGUGGAGGUGAAGGAGUCCGGGGGGGAGGAGUGGGUGCUGGAUGGGAACGACUCUCCGGUCCACCGGGUCUUGCUCUGGCCCCGCCGAGCCCAGGACGACGGGGAGCAGCAGCAGGAGGAGGAGGAGGCGGCCCGGCGGCUGGUGGAAAGGGGCUUCCUCCCGUGGCAGCAGGAAGACUUCAACGACCUGUGCAACCUGCCCGGCUUGACGGAGACCACGCUGCUGGAGAACCUCAAGAGGCGCUUCCUGAAGCAGAAGAUCUACACCUACGUGGGCAGCAUCCUUAUCGCCAUCAACCCCUUCCAGUUCUUGCCCAUCUACAACCCCAAGUAUGUCCAGCUCUACCAGAACCACCAGCUGGGGAAGCUGGAGCCCCACAUCUUCGCCAUCGCCGACGUGGCCUACUACACCAUGCUCAAGAAGCGCAUCAACCAGUGCAUUGUCAUUUCGGGGGAAAGCGGCUCUGGGAAGACGCAGAGCACCAACUUCUUGAUCCACUGCCUUACGGCCCUGAGCCAGAAGGGCUAUGCCAGUGGGGUGGAGAGGACCAUUUUGGGAGCUGGGCCUGUGCUGGAGGCUUUUGGAAAUGCAAAGACGGCCCAUAAUAACAACUCCAGCCGCUUUGGGAAAUUCAUCCAGGUCAACUAUUUGGAGAAUGGCAUCGUCCGAGGGGCCGUCGUUGAAAAGUAUUUGCUUGAAAAAUCUCGUUUGGUGUCUCGGGAAAAGAACGAAAGGAAUUACCAUGUGUUUUACUAUUUGCUGCUUGGUGCCAGUGAAGAGGAACGCACGGAAUUCCACCUCAAGCAGCCGGAAGAUUACUUCUACCUCAAUCAGCAUAACUUGAAAAUCGAAGAUGGAGAAGAUCUGCAGCAUGACUUUGAACGACUAAAGCAAGCCAUGGAGAUGGUGGGGUUCCUCCCAGCAACAAAGAAACAGAUUUUUUCAGUGCUCUCUGCUAUUCUUUACCUGGGGAACGUCACCUACAAGAAGAGGGCAACUGGUCGGGAUGAAGGUCUGGAAGUGGGCCCCCCCGGAGUGCUAGACAUCCUCUCUCAGCUUCUGAAGGUGAAACGCGAAAUCUUAGUGGAGGUGCUGACAAAAAGAAAAACGGUGACUGCAAACGACAAGCUCAUCCUGCCUUACAGCCUCAACGAAGCUGUCACUGCCCGCGACUCUAUGGCCAAGUCACUCUAUAGCGCGCUCUUCGAUUGGAUAGUUCUGCGAAUUAAUCAUGCGCUCCUCAACAAGAAGGACAUGGAGGAGUCUGUCACGUGCUUGUCCAUUGGGGUCCUCGAUAUCUUUGGCUUUGAAGACUUCAAAACCAACAGUUUUGAGCAGUUCUGCAUAAAUUAUGCCAAUGAACAGCUGCAAUAUUACUUCAAUCAACACAUUUUCAAGCUUGAACAGGAAGAGUAUCAGAGCGAAGGCAUUGAAUGGCACAACAUCACCUACACCGACAAUGUGGCCUGCAUCCAUUUAAUCAGCAAGAAACCCACCGGCCUCUUUUACCUCCUUGAUGAAGAAAGCAACUUUCCUCAUGCCACCAGCCAGACGCUUCUGGCGAAAUUCAAGCAGCAGCAUGAAGACAACCGGUUCUUCAUUGGGACCCCAGUCCUGGAGCCCGCCUUCAUUAUUCAGCACUUUGCAGGCAAAGUGAAGUACCAGAUCAAGGAUUUUCGUGAGAAGAACAUGGAUUACAUGCGGCCGGACAUCGUGGCCUUGCUGCGAGGCAGCGACAGUGCCUAUGUCCGCGAGCUUAUUGGGAUGGACCCAGUGGCUGUCUUCCGAUGGGCCACCCUGCGUGCCGCAGUCCAAGCCAUGGCAGUCUUUGCAGAAGCCGGCCGCCAGAGAGCUCAGAAGACCGCUGGAGUGGUGCGCCAUGGGCCCCGGGUGCCCCUUGGGGAAUUGCAGCAAGCCAACACCCCGAUUGAAAAAGCUUACCGGGAUUUGCAUGAGCAAAUAGUCAGGAGCAUAAAGGGACUGCCCUGGCAGGGCGAAGAUCCCCGCAGGCUUCUUCAGUCGCUCGGCCGACUCCAGCAGCCCCGUUGCCACUUCCUGAAGAGUAGAGGUGCCAAACAAAAACAGCUCAUCCCAAAGAACCUGAUGGAUUCCAAGUCUCUGAAGCUGAUUGUGAGCAUGACACUGCAUGAUCGGACCACAAAAUCCUUGCUGCACCUACACAAGAAGAAGAAACCUCCUAGUAUCAGUGCUCAAUUCCAGACUUCCCUCAACAAGCUCCUUGAGACCCUGGGGAAAGCUGAACCAUUUUUUAUCCGUUGCAUCCGCUCCAAUUCUGAGAAGAGGGAGCUGUUCUUUGAUGAUAGGUUGGUGCUACAGCAGUUGAGAUACACCGGGAUGUUGGAGACUGUGAGAAUCCGGCGGUCUGGCUACAGUGCCAAAUUUUCCUUCCAGGAUUUUGUAGACCAGUUCCAGGUGCUUCUGCCCAAGAACACCAAAGCCUGCAAGGAGGAGAUCUCUGCUCUGCUGACCAAGUUGGAACUGGACACUAGCAGCUACCAGAUCGGGAACACCAAGGUGUUCAUGAAGGAAGCCCUGCGGCAGGCACUCCAGGACACUCUGCACAGGGAAGUCAUCUGGAAGAUUGUCCUCCUCCAGAGCUGGCUCCGGAUGGGGCUGGAGAGGAGACGCUUCCUCCGGAUGCGCCAGGCAGCCAUCACCGUGCAGGCCUGCUGGCGAUCGCACCGUGUCCGGAGGGCGAGGGCGAGGGAGAUGGCUGCACUCUUCAUCCAGUCAGCGUGGCGUGGGUACAGGGAGCGGAAAUCUUACCAGCAGCAGAGGAAAAGGAUUUGCCUCCUUCAGGCUGUCGUCAGGGGAUACCUGCAGCGCAAGCAAUUUCAUCAGAUGGUUGCAGAAAGGCAAAGCAAGGAGGCCGAGCAGCUCGUUCACCCCGGGCAAGAAGAAAACACGCUGACCUGGGUGGAGGAACCUGCCUUGGACCAGGGAGCCACGGAACCCGAGACGCAGGGGAGUCCAAGCACCGGAGUGGUGGCCGAGGACAGGGCUGAGAACGAGCCGGCAGCACAGCAGGUGCCUCUUCCCCCGAAAAGCGCAGCCAGCAGUCGGGAGAAGCGGGCAUCCCGCCGGCAGAGGGGCCUGGAACACAAUGAGCUGCAGAACAAGCACGUGGCGCUUGCCUUGGAGGGGCCGGCAGGAGCCCUUUGCAGGGAAGGCAGCCCACCUCGGGAGGAGGAGGAGGCGGCGGUGGCAGCUCCUUCUGGACCUUCCAAGGGCGCAGCAGCAGCAGAGGUGCCACAAGUGACUGAGGAGCUGCCCUUUCCUUUGGACAACGGCACUGUGGCCUUGAACUCCCUCUCCAGAUCACAGCGGGAAGAGGUGGGGGUGGCCAGUGUGGAGACUAAUGGGUUAGGGAGGCCAGAAGGCCACAAGAGCCAGAUCCGGGGCAGCCAAAGCUUCACCUGUCCCGAGAGGCCCUCAGAGCUGGCGCUGAACCUCCAGAACCACCUGGCCACCAGCAAGAGCUUCCGGGCCCCCGCUGUGCCAUCUGGUGACAGGAACAGGCCGGGAGCUCAGAGGGAGCUGGGUAGCCCCUCCUCCUCCUCCUCCUCCUUCCAGAUCCAGCGCUACCAGGACGACCCCGAGAAGCUGCGGGACAAGAGGGAGCGGUGGAAGGGUCUCGCCGGAGGACAGGGUGACGUCCUCAGCCAGUCCCUGGAGGAGAGAAGCGGGCACAGCCCGUCUCCGCCCCGACAUCUUACAAGGAAAGAGAUGACUUCUUCCUUGGACGACCUUCACAAGCUGGCCCAGCCCACUGCCACAGACCAGCAGUCUCCAGACACCUCAGAGAGCAACGGGAGCAGCAAGAAGCCACACAUCCUGAGAAAGGCUGGGGAGCCGCCGGCCACCCUUGACGCAGCUGUCCCAGCAUCCGGGCCCGGCCAGCAGGGGGACACCAAGUCCACUUUCAAGAUCCCCCUGAGGAGGCUCCUGGGGAAGAAGAUGGAGAAGAAGACCUUCAAGGACAGCUGUGAUGUGGUGGAGGAGGCUGAGACCAUCCCGCUCCUUUCAUGUGUGCUGGCAACCGAGGAAAAGGCAGCAGAAGCUCCUUCCUGGCACCUGAAUCACCCCCAGGAUGAGGAACGGCACGUGAAGGAAGUGGGCAAAGCCAAGAGGACCCGCACCCUUAAGAUCAGCAAAGCCAAGACAGCGCCUGAGAAGUGGCAGGCACCGUUCUUACGAGAGAUCGCCAAUGCCAACGAGCUGAAGUACUUGGACGAGUUCCUCCUGAACAAGAUCAACGAUCUCCAUUCCCAGAAGUCUGCAGGCGAGUGCUUGUUCUUCGAAGCCACGGAAAAGUUCAGAGGGAACAUCAAAACCAUGUAUUCUGCCCCUAACGGACAGAUCCAUGUGGGCUACCGGGACCUGAUGGACAACUACCAGCUCCUCGUGGUCAACUUGGCAAAGCAGAGAGAAGAGAAGGACGUAAAGCUGGUCUUGAACCUCUUCCAGUCUCUCCUGGAUGAAUUUGCCCGCAGCUACGCCAAGAGGGAGCAGGAGCAUCAGAAGCAAAGCAAAGCGCAGAAGAAGAAACGGAAGCACGAGCGGGUGAUCGAAGAGCUCCACGGCCACGUCUUUGUGAGCUACCAGGUGAACAUCCUGCAGUCCUGCGAGCAGUGCAGCUCCUACAUCUGGCCCAUGGAGAAGGCCUGCCUUUGCAGCAUCUGCAAGCUGACUUGCCACAAGAAGUGCCUGUCCCGGGUCCAAAGCACCUGCACAUCAUGCUCUGGGAAGAAGGAGGACCAUGAUGCGGAGCGCCGUCACUUCGGUGUGUGUGUGAGUGCCUUGACCAGCGAGAAGAACUCUGUCCCCGUUGUCAUGGAGAAGCUUCUGGAGUACGUGGAGAUGCACGGCCUCUACACCGAAGGCAUCUACCGAAAGUCGGGCUCAGCCAAUCGUAUGAGGGAGUUGAAGCAGUCCCUGCAGGCAGGUAAGCAUGGAGCUGCCACCUGCAGGGGUCCUUCCUCCGGGAUGAAUUCCUUCCUGCACCCCACCCCACCAAUUAUGUUUGCCCAGUACAGCGAUUUUCUCCGGGCAGUGGAGCUCCCUGGGAAGCAAGAGCGCCUCUGCGCCGUCUACAGCGUCCUUGAGCAGCUCCCGCAAGCCAACCACGACACCCUGGAGAGGCUCAUUUUCCACCUGGUCAAGGUGGCCCUGGUGGAAGACAUCAACCGCAUGUCGCCCAACGCCCUGGCCAUCGUCUUCGCCCCUUGCCUCUUGCGCUGCCCGGACGGCUCUGACCCCCUCACAAGCAUGAAGGAUGUCUCCAAAACGACCACAUGUGUGGAGAUGAUAAUCAAGGAGCAAAUGAGGAAGUACAAGAUCAAGAUGGACAACAUUUGCCACCUGGAGGCCGAAGAGAGCAUUUUCUUCCGACGGCUCUCGCUGCUUGGGCAGAGCACGCUGUGGCCCGUAAAACUUGGUUUUUCUUCCCCCCGGGCAGGAGCACUGGGCAAAAGCCCCCCCGGCACAGGAGCAAACAGCAGCAGCUCCCCCAAGCUGGUUUUUCUGCCAGAGGAGGAGGAGGCGACAGAAGCCGACAAUCGGGAAAAGGAGCUGCUGAUGGAACGGAUCCAGUCGAUCAAGGAGGAGAAGGAAGACAUAACGUAUCGGCUACCAGAACUUGACCAGCGGGCCUCUGAUGAGGAGAACCUUGACUUGGAGACCUCGGCCAGCACCGAAAGCCUGCUAGAAGAGCGGGGUGGUCACGUGGAACAUGCUGCUCAAUAUUAA